GCGUCAUUCCGCCCGCUGCUGCGUCGGUGCGUCAUUCCGCCCGCUGCUGCGUCGGCGCGUCCUCCCUCCGGCCCGCUAGUCCGCCGCCGCCGCCGCCGCCGCCAUGAUCAUCCCCGUGCGCUGCUUCACCUGCGGGAAGAUCGUCGGCAACAAGUGGGAGGCCUACCUGGGGCUGCUGCAGGCCGAGUACACGGAGGGGGACGCCCUGGACGCGCUGGGGCUGAAGCGCUACUGCUGCCGCCGGAUGCUGCUGGCCCACGUGGACCUGAUCGAGAAGCUGCUCAACUACGCGCCGCUCGAGAAGUGACCAAGCGACCGGGUCCGAGCCCCCGCCCCAGUGGGGAGCCAGGCCGCGGCCGCGGGAGACUCCGGGGACACCCACCGAGGGCGCUGCCCCUCCGCGACAGCUGUGUCCACCGCUGCGGCCGGCCGGUCCGGUCCGGUCCCGGGAGGCGCUGCCCAGCAGGAAGGACCUCCGGGAAGGCGCCGGGGUCUGGGGGGCCCGAGGGCCCAGAGCUGCGUCCCUGCCAGACCCGAGCGAGGGCGGCUUUUCUCCCGAAUCUUUCUCAAUAAAAUCUUAAGAGCAUC